GAGAAAAGUAGGUGAAUGUUUGAAAUGGUUGUGAAUAUUGUUAUGAUUAUAGCAUUCAGUUUAAGCUCACGUAAUAAUCAUAUACUCGUACUAACUACAUUUGCUGUAGAAUCAUAAUGAGGGCUUAAAAUUCAUGCGUUUUUUAUAAUGCAGCUGUACACUAUAGGUUUGAAAACAUUUUAUUUACGAGCGAAAAGGGGACUAAUUCUGGUUUUAUUUUUUACAAAACGUUCUAUAGACUGAUGUUUCAUUUGUUAAUGGAAGUUCCAUGCAGACUGGCGUUGUUGUUUUAAUUGGUGGAUUGUCUGGUUAUUAUCAUUUAUAUUCAUUGUCGUCAUAUUUUCAACUUGCAGGCAAAUAACAAAAUCGUGUGGGAUUACUCAGUGGCUGAAAGUUUUUAACAUUGUUACUCAUAAAAUUAUUUUAGCAUCAUUCAAUGGAAUUCAAUAAUUGAUGUGAUUAUGGCAACUGAAAAUGAAAUUGUUAGAGGAAGAAUUUUCCAGUACCUGGCCUCAGUAACAGGAGCCCUUACAAUGAUGAGCUUUGGAAUAAAUGCAUGCUGGACUUCUCCGUUCGUAACAUACUUGAAGUCAAACUCAUCGAUAAUACCAAUGACAAGUAAUGAAGUUGCAUGGUGUAUUAUAUCUCCAGGGAUAGGAGGUAUAAUAGGAGCUCCAAUAGCAGCAUAUUUUGCCGAUAAAAUAGGCCGAAAGUAUACUAUUCUCAUGAUGGCUCCCCCUGUAUUUUUUUCUCAGCUCAGUAUAGGUUAUGUUAGAAAUGUAUGGGUUCUUUUUAUACUGAGAUUGAUAAUUGGUGUGGCUGAUGGAGCUUGUUUCACGGUGGUGCCAAUGUAUAUCGGAGAAAUCUCAGCUCCUAAAAUAAGAGGUUUCCUUUCUUCCCUGAUCAGUUUCUUUUUCGUUUUGGGAGUAUUACUGAUCAAUACAUUAGGCUGCUUUUUGAGCAUAUUUUCUUGCAGUAUUAUUUGCGCUUCUGUGCCGGCCAUUCACUUCCUUGGAUUCAUCUUCAUGCCCGAAUCUCCUUAUUAUUAUAUAAAAGUUAAUGAUAUCAAGGCAGCUAAACAAGCCUUGAUUACUCUUAGGAAUACUGUGAACGUCGAAGAAGAUUUGAAAGUUAUAUGUGAUGCAGUUAAAUUAGAAGAAGAAAUGGUCAAAAAUACCAAAUUUACAGAUAUUUUCACAGUGCCAAGUAAUCGAAAAGCGGUAUCCAUUUACAUUAUUCUUUCUUUAGCUUUGGCAGGGUGUGCCAAGGCACCAGUGCUAUCUUAUACAAAAAUGAUCUUUGAAGAAACAGGUAGUAGCAUCAGCUCAAUACUCUCUACAAUAGUUUUCUGUACUGUCGAACUUGUUGUGAUGAUAUUUACAACGUAUUUCAUUAUCGAUCGUUUCGGUAAAAGAUAUUUGACUAUAAUCUCAACAGCUGGUUGUAGUAUUACUCUUUUCGUGAUGAGCGCCUAUUUUUUUGCCAAGGAUUUUGACUAUGACGUGAAACAUUAUUUGAACUGGCUUCCUCUCACAUCAUUAUCAUUGUACAGUAUUUUAUUCAGUAUUGGUUUGUCAUUCACACAAAUUUGUUACUUGAGUGAGCUUUUUCCCACAAAUGUCAAAGCAAAUGCCCUCUGUUCAGCAGAAAUUUUCAUUUUGUUCAUUAAUUCGAUUACGGUAAAAAUAUUUCAGGUAACGAAUGACGAGUUCAAUAGUUUAUCAGUCUCAUUUUUGUGUUUCUCAGUUUUAUGUAUGAUUAUGUUGGGGUUUAUCGUGAAAUAUGUACCUGAGACCAAGGGAAUGACUUUGGAAGAAAUACAGUUGUUCUUGAAACAUAAAUAGAUCUGAUAAUUUUUCAUCAUGUUCGUUUAUUUGGCAUAAUUUCAGCAUAAUCAUUAGUGAGAUGAAUGUACUCUUGUAUCUUGAUAAUGCAAACUCAACUUGACAGAUAAAACAUGUGUUGAUUCUAAAGGGUUCUAUGAAGACAACUAUCUCCUAGAUCGUUUUUCGUAUAUUUAGCCAAGUCAGACAAUUUUCCCUGACUCGUGACGAGUUCUGAUUUUGCUUCAGAAUAUUAAUAUAUCGUUCAAAGUGGAAAUAAAUGUUAAUACAUAUACUAGUAUUGGUAAUAAAGAUUUAAUGUGUAAAUAAUUACAGAGAUCAUUCAAAGUUUUCAGAAAUACUGCUACAUACCGUUCGUAAGCAUCAUUGGAAAAUGGUAUUACUUGAAAUAACAAUAAUUUCAAAUACAAGUUUCGAUUGGUUUUUUGCUUUUUUUGUUGUAUGCGUUUUCAUGAAAUGAAUAAUACAUUGUGUUUUUCACUUGAACAAACUCGAUAUUUGAGUUGAUUCCUUAUUUUAAAUUCCACAAUAAAUUCCAGUUUGAAAAAAAUUUAAGUGUAUAACCUAACAUGUUAUGGAUUCAUUUGAGUACAGAAUUGAAUGUGAAAAGAAUUUAGUAUUAUUGGCUCAAUUAUGUCACUUGUCAUUCAGAGAUGUGGUUAAUUUAAGUGACCUGAGUGUAUUUUUUGAACUGACUAAUUUCAAGUUAUAUUUUUUAAUGUUUGUAUUAUGUUUAAAAUCGAUAUUUCGAAAAUAAAUCAAUUGUUGCUAAUCCAUUGCAUGUUUCAUUCAGUAACACUAGGCAUAUCUUGUCAAUGAAACCUAAUAUGUGAAAUAUGUUCCUUGUGAUGAGUUUCUAUAGUUCGCCUAGUUUGACCAACAUACUUUCAACCGCAUUACUCAUAGCCUAUUCCGUAAAUCCCAGACUUUUAUUUAUCAGUUUCACGAUAAUUGAAGAGUUGAAAAGAGCGGGAAGAAGAAUAUAAUAACAAAAAAGACAGUUCUUAUACUAAAAAUCAAGUAAUGGCACUCAACUGAUCACCUUCAUUUGAUGACUCCUAUUAUCGAAGGUUAUGACUCGCCUAGAUGUAUACGAAAGCUCCUAGCUAGCUGUGAGAUUUGAUUUCAGUCAUCUCCAGAUGUUGAAAGACAAUAUUUCCGAGGAGGGAAUAAUUUCUUCUUCCUUUUUUUCCAUCUUGGUAUUGAUCAGAAAUAAAAAAUAAAAUCGUUCAUACAUUUAAUCAGAUUUUUUUAUGAUCAAUACCUCAGAUUGCUGAGGAGAGUGGUGUAAUGACUGCUACCUACGGUCGUCCGAAUUAUAUUUUAGUUCUCAGUACAUUAAUUAAAUCAUUAUUUUCUUAUUUUUUUCAAUAA